AUGGGCCUCUUAGACUACCGUUUCAAGCUUCCACUGCACAUCGUGGAGUUAAUCCUUAUCGUUGCCGUGUGCGACAUCUCCACUGCCCGGCUCUUCCUGCCCGGCGUGACCACCAAGACCAGGGCCAACACGAUAGCGCUCGGAUUUUCUGCGAAAUCAAUCAACUUCAUUUUCUACCAGCUCCUCACCGACCAUGUCCAGCGCCUGCGGAGGUGGAGGAGCCUGAAGGCCUACACGAUAAUCAACGGCCUGGAAAUCGUCUUCUGGGCUGCCGUGGUGUUCUUCCUUAUCCAGGCCAAUAUCUCCGUCUGCGCCGGUGUUGGGUGCACCCUCAGCUGGGUCGUUGUGGGCAUGUCCAUCUCGCUGAGUAUUCUCUCGGCCUACGCGUUCUGCACCUCCUUCGUUGCCUUCCGUGAGCUCCGCGCGAGGCAGGCGGCCGAGCGGCACGGCGAUGAUACCCACGAGCUCCGUCACGAAGUAGGCCACCGCCGCUGUUCUACCUUAGUCAGCAGGGAAGACAUGAGGAAGUGA